AGCAGAUUGAACUUUAUGACUUUAUGACAAGAGGUUGUGUCAUAGGAGAGAAGUCCAUCAUGACAUGCAAACCAAGUCACAAAACGUAUCGCUGCUCAACCUACGUUGAGGUAAUGUAACACUUGUAGAGAAUGCAUUAGAUUCGUAUUUCAUCGGAAACUUUGACAAUAUAUAAUGUAAAUUAAAAUUUGAAAACGAGUUUUCCAUAUUUAGUUAAUGUUAAAUGCUAAUGCGAGCUAGAGGCAGACACGCAAAAUGUGGGAUACACCUGGAAGCAACUGGAAAGGAAAGCACAGAACCAAGAUGAAUGGAAAAUUUUUGUGGACGGCCUAUGCCCCAGGUGGGGUAAAGGGCAUAAGUAAGUAAAUGCUAACAAGUGCUAGUAACAAAUAAUUUGUUUGUUGGGGGGGGGGGAGGCACAAGCUUUGACCUAGUUUUUUGCUGUGACAUGAACAUACUUUUUUAACUGAGCGAACUUUUGUAUAUUUUUAAACCUUCCCCCAAGACAAAACUGUGAACAAUGUUAAUAUUAGAUUAGGAAGAAUUUGUUUUUUUAAAUUGCCAGAAUUGGGAUCAACCCUGAUUUUGUUUCAAUUUUGUUGUUUUUUUUAAAAAUCUUUUUACCCCACCAGACAUUUUAUAUAAGUAAAUAUCACCUGGUCGAGAUGAUGGAGGGUGAACCUGACAACAGGAGGCCGAUGAAAAACUUGGAGCUGAAACUGUGGAAAACCAUUUCAAUGAGACAGGCCAUCAGGAUGCUGUUAAACGAGUUGGGAGGAGAGGUAUUUUAUUUAAUAGAGGGGACGGGUGUUAGUAUUUGGUUUAUAGUGUUGAGUGACGUUUUGACAUAAUAAUAUUUUACGUGAGUGGGCUAUUGGUUAUUUUUUAAAAAAGAGUGAGAUUUUUGGCCUGUUGUGGUAAUUUAUAUUCUAUUUAGUACUACUUAAAAUACAUUCCUUUAUGUUUCUUUUCGCAUCACAUCUUUGUGCCCCUUAAUUAUCCGAGGCCUCCUGCAGCUGCAGGGAAUGCUGGGCCCAUGAGAUGAUUCUUAUUUAUUGUGACUGGUAUCCAGAGGCGUAGCGUGGUGGGGGCAGGGGGGACAGAUGUCCCCGGGCGCCAGUCAGUUAGGGGCGCCAAAAUGUGCUUUGAUAUUGAUGAAAAUAAUGGGUUUGAGAGUUGAAAAAAAAAGAAAAAGGGGCGCUGAAAAUGGAUCUUGUCCCCGGGCGCGAAUCUUGUCCCCGGGCGCCAAACACCCUCGCUACGCCACAGCUGGUAUCUAUUCUUUUCCAGUUAUUCAGCUUCAUGGGCUUUUCUGUAGCACUUAAAAUGUUUUUGUUUCUCCAAUUCAUUUUAUUCAAUUGUUCAAUUCUAUGCACCCUGGUUUCUUACAGCUCCACUUUUAUUUAGCCUAAUUAUUAUUUUGACCACAACUGAAUAUUUUCAUUUUUUUUUUUUGGGUUGAAUUUACCGUUAGUAAAAUAUGAAAUUUAAUGAGUUGUUCGCAUCUGGCAGCAUCAAGUUAACCUCACAAUCCACAUCUGGCAGUACUAAGUUAACCUCACAAUCCACAUCUGGCAGUACUAAGUUAAACUCACAAUCCACAUCUGGCAGUACUAAGUUAACCUCACAAUCCACAUCUGGCAGUACUAAGUUAACCUCACAAUCCACAUCUGGCAGCAUCAAGUUAACCUCACAAUCCACAUCUGGCAGUACUAAGUUAACCUCACAAUCCACAUCUGGCAGUACUAAGUUAACCUCACAAUCCACAUCUGGCAGUACUAAGUUAACCUCUCAAUCCACAUCUGGCAGCAUCAAGUUAACCUCACAAUCCAUAUCUGGCAGUACUAAGUUAACCUAACAAUCCACAUCUGGCAGUACUAAGUUAACCUCACAAUCCACAUCUGGCAGUACUAAGUUAACCUCACAAUCCACAUCUGGCAGUACUAAGUUAACCUCACAAUCCACAUCUGGCAGUACUAAGUUAACCUCACAAUCCACAUCUGGCAGAACCAAGUUAACCUCACAAUCCACAUCUGGCAGCAUCAAGUUAACCUCACAAUCCACAUCUGGCAGUACCAAGUUAACCUCACAAUCCACAUCUGGCAGAACCAAGUUAACCUCACAAUCCACAUCUGGCAGCAUCAAGUUAACCUCACAAUCCACAUCUGGCAGAACCAAGUUAACCUCACAAUCCACAUCUGGCAGAACCAAGUUAACCUCACAAUCCAUAACUGGCAGAACCAAGUUAACCUCUCAAUCCACAUCGGGCAGAACCAAGUUAACCUCACAAUCCACAUCUGGCAGCAUCAAGUUAACCUCACAAUCCUCAUCUGACAGCAUCAAGUUAACCUCACAAUCCACAUCUGGCAGAACCAAGUUAACCUCGCAAUCCACAUCUGGCAGAACCAAGUUAACCUCACAAUCCACAUCUGGCAGAACCAAGUUAACCUCGCAAUCCACAUCUGGCAGAACCAAGUUAACCUCACAAUCCACAUCUGGCAGAACCAAGUUAACCUCGCAAUCCACAUCUGACAGCAUCAAGUUAACCUCACAAUCCACAUCUGGCAGAACCAAGUUAACCUCACAAUCCCAAUCUGGCAGAACCAAGUUAACCUCUCAAUCCACAUCUGGCAGAAUAUAGUUAACCUCAAUAUCCACAUCUGGCAGCACUUAGUUAACCUCACCAUCGACAUUAGAAUAACAUAACAGGGAAGCAUUAUUUCUCACCACUUGACAUUGUCACUGAGCCGAGUCACUAUUCUGUCUUGCCAGCAACUGACACGGUCUUAUGUCUGUAACCGAAUGGCAGAAGCGGACCUCAUUGAUGGGAACAUGACAAAAGAGAUCAAUGUCUCACCAUCGGAAGUGGCUGCCCUCAUACUAAUACAAGGUGAUUGGUGAAAUAACAAAACAUUAUUAAGGCUUCUCACUUACACUUACAUGUGUUUCCUCCAAAAAUCUGUUAUAAUUAUUCACUAUCUUAACUUAACCAUGCUUUAAUUUGAACAAAAGCGUGCAAAACAUGUCAUGCAUCGAGUGUCCUUCAUGACCAGAGUGGAUGCUCUGAUAUCCCAGGAUAUUAGUUACAAUGGCAGCACUUGUCAGAUCAACGUUAAGGUAGGGGUUUGUUCUGUAAUAUUUAUGAUCCAAACGUGUUUUGCUCUUUUAGAAUUAUUUAUACUGUUUUUUUUUUUCUUUCUUAAAAGUUCAUCUUCGGUCCAUUUCAUAGGUUAUGCCAGAAACUACUUUAAUGACAUUCGCUACAUGGGCCCAUGCAUCAUUCCUUAUUAUGUACAGAAGAUCAUUUCAGAGGUACAUUUUUCUUCCUACCGUUAUCUUGUGUGCGUUUAUUGCUUAAGAUGGAGGCGAGCUCACCCCAACUGAUGCUUUAGUGUUUCAUUAAGAACCAUUAAUUCUUCUACCAAUUAUUACUAUUCUCUUCUUUUGGGUCCAGGGCCAUGCCAAGGGAAUUAAAAGACAGAAUUUCCACACACCCUUGUGAAAAGUAUAUUUAUUUACAUAUAUAUUUUACACAAGUAAGUUUUAGGCGCCCCCAAUAGCACAACCCUGUUGGUUGCCAUCCAUAUAUAUAAUGUAUUAGUAUUAUGUACACACAAAAUUUAUAUGUUUAGCAAGCCCACGCCAAUUAUUUGGCAUUUUUUAAUUCUUUCUCAAAAUCCAAAGCCGGAGAGAGGGCCUCGUGUGAUUUUCCUCUGCAUCAAAAAUGAACAUUCAGAAGAAGGAAGCCACGAGGAGCACCUGGUUAGUGAACUUGCCAUGCAAGACGAGGACCUUGGAACAGAUUAUGAUGAGGAG